AUGAAGGUAGUAGAGACCCUUGAAGUUGACAGCGCGGUUGAAGAACUAGUGAAGGAAGACAACAAGGAGGAUUUUGUGCUUGAAGGUGAAGAAAUAGUUGAAAAGAAAAUCAUCGAGGACGAAUACGAUUGCAUACUUCAAUACCUGGAUCAAAAUAAAGAUGAAGCUGUUUUGAGCGUGAAGGACUAUAGCAUCCGUCGAGGUGUUGCGUACAGAGUCUUAGAGUCGGAUCAUCUGAAGUAUCAUGGGAAAUACAAGGGCAAGGGUUGUAGUUGGUUGAUUCGCAUAUUGCUUCGUGCACGAAAGGGCACUUGGAAGGUUAGGAGGUACAACGGUCCGCACACUUGCUUGGCCACCUUCAUUUUCAGUGAUCACCGGCAGCUUGAUUACUACGUUAUCUAUGCGAGGAUUUAUUCGUUGGUUAGGGCAGAUGCUGCAGUAACGGUAAAGGUCUUGCAACAAGCAACGAAAAUCGAUUACAGGUUCAGGCCUAGUUACAGGAUGGUUUGGAUGGCAAAACAGAAGGCAGUAGCACAAAUAUACGGAGAUUGGGAAGAGUCAUAUGCCGAGUUGCCACGUUGGAUGCUAGGGGUCCAGUCAACUAUGGCCAGGACAGUUACAGUGUUGAAGACCUCUCCUGUUAGAGUUGGGGAUCAGGUCGAUGAGUCUAUAGUGUACUUUCAUCGUCUUUUUUGGACAUUUUUACCCUGCAUUGAGGCCUUCCGGCAUUGCAAGCCCCUGGUGAGUAUUGACGGUACCCACUUGUAUGGCAAGUAUGGAGGCACGUUGCUGUUUGCGAUAGCGCAGGAUGGGAACUCGAACAUCCUCCUGAUAUCCUUCGCCCUUGUAGAGGGAGAAAAUGCAGAGUCAUGGUCCUUUUUCUUGUCCAACCUACGAUCGCAUGUGACGCCGCAGAAGGGUAUUCUUGUUAUCUCCGACAGGCAUAAUGGCUUUAAGGCUACCCUUGAGGCCCCCGAAAAUGGUUGGCUGCCUCCACAGGAUUUUCGAGCGUUCUGUAUUCGUCAUGUAGCGGCAAAUUUUAGCCUAAGUUUCAAAGGUAAAGAUGCAAGGAGGAUGUUGGUGAAUGCUGACUAUGCAAAGACUGAAGCAGAGUUUUAUUACUGGUUUGACAUCAUGCGGACUGAGAAUCCGGUCAUGUGUGAUUGGGCCAAUCGGAUGGAGUAUGACAAGUGGACCCAGCAUUAG